AUGGGCAAGUUCCAUACCCUUCUGGAAAAGGCCCCUUUUAGACCUUGGCUGAAUGAACUGAGGAUCAUCACGGGGACUGUGACGUGGGCCCGCCUGGCCUGCCGAGCAGCCCCGAUGCUCACCCCACCCUGGGCGGCUGCCCUGCGUCAUUCCUCCCGGGACCACCCAGCACAGGGGGUGCGGGCCUCCCCAGGCACCAGGUGGGUGGGUGACUUCAGUUUCCUUCUGCGUGUGUUCUGGUUUUCCCUGGCCUCAUUCCUCCUCUCUCUGUCUCCCGGCAGUCUCGGGGACCAGUUCUACAAGGAGGCCAUUGAGCACUGCCGGAGUUAUAACUCGCGCCUGUGCGCAGAGCGCAGCGUGCGUCUCCCGUUCCUGGACUCGCAGACCGGGGUGGCCCAGAACAACUGCUACAUCUGGAUGGAGAAGAGGCACCGAGGCCCAGGCCUUGCCCCGGGCCAGCUGUACACGUACCCUGCCCGCUGCUGGCGUAAGAAGAGACGAUUGCACCCACCUGAGGAUCCGAAGCUGCGGCUGCUGGAAAUAAAACCUGAAGUGGAGCUGCCUCUGAAGAAAGAUGGGUUCACCUCAGAAAGCACCACCCUGGAAGCCUUGCUCCGUGGCGAGGGGAUCGAGAAAAAGGUGGACACCAGGGAGGAGGAAAACAUCCAGGAAAUACAGAGGGUUUUGGAAAAUGAUGAAAAUGUAGAAGGAGGAAAUGACGAAGAGGAUUUAGAAGAAGAUAUUCCCAAGCGGAAGAAUCGGACCAGAGGACGGGCCCGCGGCUCUACAGGUGGCAGAAGGAGGCACGACGCCGCCUCUCAGGAAGACCACGACAAACCUUACGUCUGUGAUAUCUGCGGCAAGCGCUAUAAAAACCGGCCGGGACUCAGCUACCACUAUGCUCACACCCACCUGGCCAGCGAGGAGGGGGAUGAGGCCCAAGACCAGGAGACCCGGUCCCCACCCAACCACAGAAACGAGAACCACAGACCCCAGAAAGGACCGGACGGGACAGUCAUUCCCAAUAACUACUGUGACUUCUGCUUGGGGGGUUCUAACAUGAACAAGAAGAGUGGGAGGCCGGAAGAGCUGGUGUCCUGUGCAGACUGUGGACGCUCUGGUCACCCCACCUGCCUGCAGUUCACUCUGAACAUGACUGAGGCUGUCAAGACCUACAAGUGGCAGUGCAUAGAGUGCAAAUCCUGCAUCCUCUGUGGGACCUCGGAGAAUGAUGACCAGCUCCUCUUCUGUGAUGACUGUGACCGCGGCUACCACAUGUACUGUUUGAAUCCCCCGGUGGCUGAGCCCCCAGAAGGGAGCUGGAGCUGCCACUUAUGCUGGGAACUGCUCAAAGAAAAAGCCUCGGCCUUCGGCUGCCAGGCCUAG